AUGUCUUAUUCAUAUGCAAGACAUAUUGAUGUCACUAUGAUAUCAUUUGGAGAUGACAAAUAUUCCAGAAAGUAUUUUGAUUCCAUUAGAACAACUCUUAUAAAUAACGGUAUUCCAGACUCAAGAAUUGAAGAGAUAAAUGUAGAUGAUGCAGCAGAUGUGAUUCUAUAUCUUAAAUCAUCUUGCAUUGAGUCGUACAAGGCUGUAUUUAUAGUUGCUGGCGUUUGCAAAAAAGUUCUCACAACAAAUCUCGAUUAUUUUUCGGACUCUGUUUAUCAGCCUUUAAUUAACAGUAUCAUGCACUUUCAAAUGAAAGAUAACGUUCAAGUACCUAUCAAAAUUGCUAUUAAAGAGCCCAAACGAAAACUUUCAGAUUACGAAGAAGAAGGGAAGAAAAUUGCAUUGUCUGCUAUUAAAAUGUAUGAGCACUUUUAUCGAGUUUACUGA